ACUAAAAAAUCAAAGUCUUGAAACAUAAAAUUAAACCAAUAUUCUUCUUAUCACUUUGUUCAAAAAUUAAACACUAUAUCCAUGGGUUUUGUUGGUGAUGAAGAUGAUAUUCCAUUUGUUCAUCAAAAAAUCAAAAAUAAUAUCAAUACCAAAUUUAUGUUCAAUGCCUUAAUUUCAAUAUCCCUGGUUGUUUUCCUCGUUACUAUUAUUCGUUUGUACAUUAAAUGUCUUUUCAGACAUCGCCAGGCUCAGGGCCAGGCAACGUCCUACACUACUAGAAGUCCUCGAAUUUCAAACAUGAUGAGUGAGUCACAAGUUGAGCCACCUAAACAAGGUCUUGACCCAUUCAUCAUGACUUCACUACCAAAAUUUCUUUACAAGAAAAGUGAACAAGACACUAUUGAGUGUUCAAUUUGUUUGAGUACUAUUGAAGAUGGUGAAUUGGUUAGGAUUUUGCCUAAUUGCAAGCAUAGUUUUCAUGUUGAGUGUAUUGACAAAUGGUUUGAUUGUCACUCAACAUGCCCCGUAUGUCGAGCCGAGGCGAAACCUCGCCUAUGGCCCGAGUUGGUCGUAUGUCGCCAUCAACGCCACCUAUGGAAAGUGGAAACUUGUGUAUAACUGUGAAUCUUGAAGGGACUUCGUCUUCAGGUAAAAUACCCCAAAAAGUUACAAAAUUCGUCAUUAAUCUAUUGCUAAUUAGUUAAAAAACUAACAUGUGGAUUUUUAGUGUUUAGUUACAGAAUUUGUCUGUCGCUAAUUUUUUCUUUCUGGUGUAGGGAAUGGAACAAGUUCAAGAUUGAGUUCGUUUAAAAGUAUUAUUAUUCUUAGUAGGGAGAGAUCAUUUCAAAGACUUCAAGCUCAGUCUUGUUCUAUAGAAGAUCAUGUAGGUGAUCUUGAUAGUGGCAGAUCAAGAAUUUAGACAGACGCGAAGAUGAGUUUCGCGAAAAGUAUAUUUAAAUCUAUCUAUACUAGUUUUGGUAUAGCGUGUAUGUGCAUGCACGCGUAUAAACCCAUGGAUGAAUUCGCUACAUAUGAUUUUCAGUAGUACAAACUUUAUAGUACUAUCGGAAACUACUUUUCUAGAUUGUUUUAUCUUUUGAGCCGAGGGUCUAUCGAAAAUAGCUUCUCUAUCUCAACUCUGAGAUACUGGUAUAGACUGCGUACACUUAUCCUCCCCAGACCCCACUCGGUUGAAUAUACUGCGUAUGUUGUUGAUGUUGAAACUUUAUAGUACAAUUUUGCUUGCUCAUGCAUACCGUAUUACGUGAGUCACAUUGAUAAACUAUUUUUCCAGCCUCCAAAUAGCAAUUUUGUAUACUAUUCAUUUUGCCAAAAAGGCUUUGGUUAUAUGUAAAUGUAAGUAAAUAUUAUGGAGUUCGAUUAUGAUGAUCAUAUUCAAUAUUUUUUGUGUCCCAUCCUAUGUCCGGUAUUCGCAUCUAAAGGGAACGACUUCAACAGUGUAUGUGGGAGCUGAUUAUGCUAGCGUUUUGGCAUUGGCCUUAUGGUUCUCAGUCCUCUUUCGCUUUCGCUGAGAUAUUCAACUAGAUCAAUCCGGAUUCGUGCAGUGUGAGAGGGUAAAACACUAAAGAGCAGUCCGAUGCACAAAAACUCCCGCUAUGCGCAGGGUCCGAGGAAGGGCCCCACCACAAGGGUGUAUUGUACGCAGCCUUACCUUGCAUUUUUGCCAGAGGUUGUUUCCAAGACUUGAACCCGUGAUCUCGCAUUUCUGCCAGAGGUUGUUUCCAAGCUUGAACCUCUGACCUCCCUGAUCACAUGACAACAAUUUUACUAGUUACUCCAAAGCUCCCCUUCAGGGUAAAUCACUCCCUAACAAAAGUUAUUCAAUACUCGGGGCUCGAACACGAAAUCUCUGAAUCUCACAUAGUAAUCCUGAAACAGAAUUAAAUUCUUAGGAACACACCAUGUGGAAUCAAAAGUAUGGACAAAAAGUUUUCAAUAUAUGAAAUAGAACAUGCAGAAGAAACAUUACUACAAUGGCUAUCUCUUACAACACAAAUUCCUUUUUGUGCAUCACUGUUCUUUUACUCCUUGUACCUAUCAAUCAUUCCUUAAACUCAGAUGAUUUGGUUUCUGAAUUAACCAUCCUUCGUGCUCGAUCUACCACCGGUGUUAUUCACCUUUCAAACAUACUACUUAUACGAAUGCUAUCGGUACCUGUCCCUAGGCCAUUCACCCUCCUUGUGUUCUUUGAUUCACAGAAGCUACAUUCAGAUUCAGAGAUUUCACUUCCUACACUCAAAAAUGAGUUCUUGAUUCUCGCGUCCUCUUUUCACGCGAACAAUCCAGCUAACAACAAAAAGUUGUUCUUCUUUGAAAUCGAGUUUCAAGAAUCACGCGCUUCUUUUGCUCUAUUUGGUGUCAAGUCUCUUCCCCAUGGAUGUCUAGUAUCCCCUUUUGCCACUGAUUUUGAAAGGGAUUCGAUUCAGAUGGAGUCCUCUGAUUUCUCGAGGCAUGCUGAAUCGAUGGCAGAAUUCGUGGAGGCCAAAAGUAAACACACUGUCGGUCCCAUUCAUCGGCCAGGUUUUAUUUCCAAGAAACAGAAGAUGAGUAUCAUAGAGCUGGCGCUAAUCUUGAGUUUAUUUCUACUGAAAAAGAUUAUAUCUGGAAACACCCUUCUGCAUAAUAAGAACACAUGGAUGGUGGGGUCGAUUUUCGUGUACUUCUUCAGUGUUUCAGGGACAAUGUACAACAUAAUCAAUAAGAUACCUAUAGCUAUGGUGGAUACAGAUGAUCCAGGAAAACUGGUUUACUUUUAUGACGGAUCUGGGAUGCAGUUGGGUGCUGAGGGGUUUACAAUCGGGUUCUUGUACACGAUUCUCCGGUUGUUGUUGGCCUUUGUCACUCAUGUUCUUGUCCAUGAGAAGAACAGGAAUAUCCAGAGGUUGGUGAUGUUUUUGGCAAUCUUUGUUUCAUUCUGGGCUGUAAAGAAGGUAUUUUACCUGUAUUACUGGAAACUUGGGUUUGGUCAUAUAUAUGGGUGAACUCUUUGGCUGAUGCACACUAUGUAAGAGAAUUGUAUCAAAAGCACACCUGAAGUAUUACUUUUUUGCGAGUUUCGUACCUGAACUAUCAUCAGCUGUCUAUCAAAAAAACACCUCGACUAGUAUAUGCUGAUGCAUGGUGUGCACACUCUUUUUUCCUGGUUUAAAAAUGGUGCCAAAUGACACUCCAAGCGGAUAAUUAAGGGAAUAAAUUGAAACAACAACAUACCCAAUGUAUUCCCGCAAAGUGGGGUCUGGGGAGGGUAAAGUGUACGCAGUUCAUACCACUUCCUCAGUAGAGAGAGUAGAGAGACUGUUUCUAAUAGACCCCGGCUCAGGAUACAUAACAGUAUAAUCACAACUAGGGGAAUAAAUUGGAAGUCAUUAACAAUAAUAAUUAAGAGAGAUCGGUUAAAAACACACCCGAAGUAUCAGCUUUUGCAUGUUUCUUACCUGAACCACUAACCGUUUUGAAAAAUAGUUGGUGAUAGUUCGGGUAGGAAACGCAAACACAUGGUCGCUUAGGUAUGAAAUUCACAAAAAAGUAGUACUUCGGGUGGUUUUUUUGACCAUCAUCUCUAAGUUAACAUAAAAAAUAUGCCUACAUUGAUAAUCAUUUACAAAAAAUUGCA